AUGGAACUGCUGCUCAUGAUCUACGAACACCUUGCCCAUGUCGAGGGCUUCUUGCAAGUGACCGAGCGUGAAGGAAUGGGUGUUAUUGUUGAUGAUGCGGUGCGUGGACGUUUCCUUGAUGUUAGCGAAGAAGAGCAACGUCUGCUCAAAUUGCGUUUGACGGCCUGGAUUCGGGCUGUGGGUGUGGAAGCCAUGCGCAUUGCCGAUCGGCUGGUUGAGGGAAUUUCCGAUGUCCCGGAGCGUAUCGCUGUGGCCGACCCGGACCCGGCCGACGCUGGAAAUUCUGGCGACUACACUCGGCCCCCCUUAGACCGGCUGCAGCAGGGCGACUGGCCGCCAGCCUACCCGCAGCGUGUUAGGCACGCCCUGCCUGAAGAUUUGACUGUUGUUUAUCAGCGGCUCAAUUUGAUCAACACACGGAUGACCGAUCACUUGUCUAGAUUGGGACGUGUCACUGAACAUCAUGGCGCGUAUGACAUUGGCACACCACAGACUUUGACGACGAGCGCAACGGCCAAUGUCCUGUCGAGCUUCAUGGAAUUGUCACAGCGGGCUGCCCAUCGGCUUUCCCAUCUUUACCACCUGCUCUCUGAGUUGAAUGUCAAUUUCGCUGAUCCCCUGCCAAGGCGACUGCAACCAGUCCUCGCCCCUAGUCGAAGGCGUCCGGCCCCGGAGGGUGAAAUUGUUCUGCAAAUUUACCUACCUCCACCAAACAUGGACCAGACGUUGCAACUUACCAACUAUGCUGACGUAUGUAUCGUUCCUCACGAGGGCCACGCGCUGCAGCGUCCUGUGGUGCACCGACCGACACAUGGGUCUGCAGCCGGAUCUUUCCUGAUGGGUGCUCCAAUGGGGCUUGAUCCGAACGCGGCAACGGAUGGUCCAUGGUUCCAUUUGGUAGCUGGACCCGAAGCCGCUCAGAUACAGCCGGCAAUGGCAGCGUCGAAUGCAAACAACCAGAACAUCAAUACUGCCCCACCAAGGCCUCGGAUGGUCAUGAGGGGAGGCUACCCUAGUCGAGCCAGAGGCAUUCCCCGACUGCGUGGACAAUCACUUACUCGCCGAAUUGCAUCCGUCCUGUCUCGCGCAAAUCGGGCUCGCGCUUCGGCAUCAACAAAUACUGCACAGUCAGUGUUUGACCCAUUUGGUCUGAGGGGAGGCUUGCUGACAUCUGGUACUGCUGCUCCGUUCGAAGUUCCGCCGCCAAACGCGGGUGUGCCUCCUCAAUCCACUCCCGAUCAGGAUGAGACUCAACAAGCGACUGCUCGCACUGAAACAGCCGAGCAAACUGGAGACACGUCUACCGCUUCGACUAGUUUUGAUUCGGACCGGCAUCGUGUGCGGAUCCCGAGAAAUCUGUUCAUUGAGCGCGGACACGCUGACCGAAACACUGACCCAUUGCUGCCAUGUUCCUCUGUACACACCUGUGGCGCCGAAGACUUCCAGCACAUCGACAGCCUCGUCGCAGAGCUUGGAACUAGCUUGGAACCGAUCAACGACCCAGCUCCACCUAUGGAAGCACUGGCCCAGUCCACGGAGAUCAUGCGUACCGGCAACAGCCGUUUGUACGCGGAGAAUGAUGAGCAACUCUCCGCCUUCCUCAACACCCUCCUUCGCUCCGUCAUCGGGCUCCUCGAUGAAGCCGACAGGACGCACCGCUUGUCUGCUGGUAGGACGCAGAUCGGCGCGGUGAUCGAGGCGCAAGUGGUCUUCCAGGCUCCUGCCCAACAACCCAGCCAAGCCCAGAAUGCGCCUUCAAAUGGGAAUCCAAUAAACUUCGAAGGAAUGACGGAGAAUGCGCGAAACAUGAUACAGCGACUUUUCACGGCGACCACAAAUCGCAGCAAUGUCCCUAUUGGUCAGCUUUUUCCUGAUACGAGCACGGACGCAGCGGGCGAAGGAACAAGUUUGAUGGCAAUCAUGAACCGUCUCAUUGCCGACUACAUGAGUAUGCCUGAUCUGCUCGCUCUUUUCUCCCGAAACUUGGAACCAAUCGUCCGCCUUCGUCGUCAAUUCCGUCAGUUCAUCACUGUCAACUAUUUGGACGACAAUUCGCGGCCAACUCGCGAAGACAUUGAUGCUGCCGCGGGAAGGAUGGCCGUAUCCCCAGAACUCAUCAUCUCAAUUUUGGACCGAGGCGGUGGUCAGCAUACAUUUGAGGAGCUUGACGUCCAAUGGGACGUAGCCGAGACGGCGGUGCGGGUGGAGCGUUUCGCGCUGCGCGAUCUGCUCACGAUCCUGUUUGAUCAAACCGUGACUGACACACAGUUUGCCGAAAGAGGGACCAACCGCACCGAGCGAUACCUGCGGGAGAUGAUGGCAUUGGGCGACGCGGCGGUCGGUCGACCUCGUGGCUACCAAGAUCUGAUCGGAACGUACCUGCAAAGCGAAGGGCUGGCUUUGCUCGGCGAGGGCAAUCAAAGCAACAUCACCUUCAUCCUCAACGUGGCCUUUGAGCAUCUCCAGCGAUUGACCACGCAGGAUUCGCGCAGCACGCUCCGUACACCGGAUAUGAGACCCGCUCUUGUCCAGCACUUCACGGGCAGCGCCCCGAAGAAGAUGCGCCAUGCCGAUAAUCAGAGCCAAGACUCUGGUCCAUCCACUUCUACGGCAAAUCUGCCCCCUCCAUCAGCCAAUACAACUGCCGCCUCACCAUCCGCCAUGGAUGUUUCGGAGCCUCCGCGUGCCGGUACCUGGGAGACGAACGUUCCACUGUCAUGGCUCGCCACCAUUCGCCACGAUAUCGCCAGGAUGACCAUCACUCCACGCGAGAGUCCCGCUCGCCCGCCCCGCUCACAAACGUUUUUGACGAUGCUCGGUCGCGGCGCGAAAAAUCAGGGCGGCAGCGGAGAGCCGAGUGUUCCGCCCGAAUCGCCGCGUCGCAUGGAAGAG